UAAUAUGCGUGAAUUUUUUGUUUUUGCUGACGUCUAUUUCUUUCAGAUAAAAAGGGGUAAAGAAAAUAACUUUGAAUUGAAAGAGUUUUGAAAUGUCUCCUUUACAUAAGGAUUUAAAUAAUUUAAGCAAGCCUAAGGCAUUGUGGCAUCCUUCAGGAAGAUAUAUUUCUGAGGAUUCAAACAUAAAAUGUUUCAUGCGCUCUGUUAAUGAGGACUUCAAUCUUGCAAUUGAAAGCUACAAAGAGUUAUACGAUUGGUCAAUAGAAAACUAUUCUGACUUCUGGAGUCACUGGUGGAAGAGAGGUGGCUUUAUUAGCUCACAUCCUCCUUCACAAACUGUAACGGAACACAAGAGUAUUGCUGAGCUGCCCAGGUGGUUUGUUGGGGCACGGCUCAACUUUGCUGAAAACCUCCUGCGCUUCAGGGAUGAAAGUCCAGCCAUCAUUGCACUGAGUGAGGGCGUGACAACUCCUUUCCGACAAACUUACCGUGAACUGUACGAGUCAUCACAGCAAUGGGCCAGAGCCUUACGCAGAGCUGGGGUAAAAGAAGGCACCCGUGUGGCCGGCUACCUACCCAAUGGCUGUGCUGCUGUCCAUGCCAUGCUUGGUGCCACCACCCUGGGUGGAGUUUGGUGCUCUGCAUCUCCAGACUUCGGAGUGACUGGAGUGCUUGACCGACUUCAGCAAGUGCAACCUGAAGUACUUGUGUCUGUUGAAGCAGUUAUUUAUAAUGGCAAGGUACACGAUCACCUGGACAAGCUACGCAGAGUGGCGGCCUCCCUGCCCAGCCUGAAGCUGGUCAUUGUCGUGCCUUUCGUACACCCUGCUGGGGAGGUGGAUAUCAGCAACGUUCCUCAUGCGGUGCUGAGUGAGGACUUCCUGACAUCAGUUACGACUGACGAAGUCGUGUCCUUUGCGCAAGUCGCGUUCGACGCGCCGCUCUUCAUCAUGUUCUCCUCCGGCACGACCGGGGCGCCGAAGUGCAUCGUGCACGGCGUGGGGGGCACCCUCAUCCAAAUUACGAAGGAACAUCAGCUGCACUGCGACCUCAGAAGGGAUGACGUCGUCACCUACUACACCACGACCGGCUGGAUGAUGUGGCAGUGGUUGGUGACUGCACUACACAGUGGCUGCAGUGUGCUGCUCUACGACGGCUCCCCACUCCUGCCCCACCCCGCCACACUCUUCGACCUCGUCGACGCAUAUGGCAUCACGGUGCUGGGCACGGGCGCCAAGUGGCUGGCGGUGCUGGAGAGCAAGGGCGUGGCCCCCGUGACGACGCACGACCUCGGGUCCCUGCGCUGCAUCCUGUCGACGGGGUCACCCCUCACCGAGGCCUCCUACAGCUACGUCUACACCUCCGUCAAGCAGGACCUCCUCCUGGGCUCCAUCUCAGGAGGCACGGACAUUAUCUCGUGCUUCAUGGGGAGCUGCGGCCUGCUGCCCGUCUACCCUGGGGAGGUGCAGUGCCCUCUGCUGGGCAUGGCCAUCCAGGUCUGGGGGAGUGAGGGGCAGCGGGUGUGGGACGAGGCAGGGGAGUUGGUGUGCACGCAACCCUUCCCCUCGAUGCCCACCCACUUCUGGGGCGACGUCGGCCACGCCGCCUACACCCGCGCCUACUUCACCAGGUACCCAGGCGUAUGGACGCAGGGCGACUACUGCGUACAGAGCAGCCAUACGCACGGCCUCGUCAUGCUGGGGCGCAGCGACGGCGUACUGAACCCUUGCGGCGUACGCUUCGGCAGCGCUGAGAUAUAUGCAGUCGUGGAGGGGUUCGUGGAGGUGGAGGACAGCGUGUGCGUGGGACAGCGCCGCGCCCGCGAUGGUGAGGAACGCGUCGUCCUCUUCCUUAAACUGCGGCAGCAGCAGCAAGAAGAGCAGCUGCCUCAGCAGCAGUUGUCAGCUGAUCUGAAGAAGAAGAUCGCCAGCGCCAUCAGGGAGCGACUGUCAGCUCGACAUGUGCCGGCAGUCAUGCUGCCAGUUGCAUGUACCUCGACCUGCCUGACCUGCAGGGCUGGCAGUGACCUGUACCGCGACCUGCCUGACCUGCAGGGCUGGCAGUGA